UUAACCUCGGCUUAGCCGAACUCUUUCACCAAUAUUCUAUGGGCUCAAAAGAAGACGAGUGGGUUUAUUAUUUAAGAAUACGACGCUGGCGUGAGAAAAUAAUAAAGGACACACUGGACAAAGACCUAAACGAGGACGAUUUUUUCUGGGUAUCUGGCAAUUUUGAAGACCACCAAGCCCAGAUCCUUGGUGACUGAAUAAACUGGAAAAAAUGAACCCCCAGUAUAAUUAUCUCGGCUCUUUUGCAUGCUUCUCUUUAUUUCGGUCUCCUAUUUCUGAACCGAACUAACAGUUGCCUUCUUUAUGCAGAUUCAGCCCACCUUAAGUCAUUAUUCCGUUACCCCAACCUAGACACACUUCGCGCCGCACUACGAUACCUUGAAAGAAGUUGGGCCAAACUACUGAAUUUUGAGCCGACGUACAGAUAUAGCAGCCGACGAAAAGCCAGAGUAACAGAUUUUUUGCUAGAGGCUUCUCCUGAACCGGACCCGACCUUGCCACAAAUCAACCUGGUCUGAACUACUGCCGAAGAAGAGAUGGCAAAGAGGAACAUAGUAAGGGCCCUUCUAACUGAAACCAACCGAGCCGAGGUACCACCGCCCAACCAGGCUCAGGAAACCGUGGUGGCCCUUCUAUCUCAACAACCCUCCUCAUCUCGCCCCAGCAAGCGUGCCCGGACUACCCAAACCGAGCAACGCCUUGUUGAUGAAGAUGAAACCACUCUUCCACCGAGCCCUCCACCUCAGCCGGAGCGUUCUGACCGGGCUAGCUCCUCUAAGUGGGCUCCAAAAAUGUCUUUCCAAAACCGCGCUAUCCGUGAUGCUGACUUAGUGGUGACUGACAAAGACCAUAUGCUAGCCUUCAAUCUGGCUAAGAGUGUAUGUCUGCCCCCUGACAUGGAGCAUCACAACAAUUUGACUGAGCUCAAGGCCAUUCGGUCUGCAACGAAAUCAAUGAUCCUGGCCAUGCAAAAGAGUCAAAUUGCCCACAAGCGUGUUUGGAGCUCCGAAAAACAACAAGGCAAGCUAUGGCCGAAGUAACUGAAAAAACUGCCGAGCUAGAAGAGGCUAGGAAGCAGCUAGCCGAGCUAAAAUCCGAGAACGGUCGUCUGGCCGGUCUUGUUAGCUCGGCUGAAGCAGAAAAACAAAAAGCUGUAGCUGUGAUCAAAGACAAAUAUUUGUGUGAACUUGCUAAACUAGAAGGAAAGAAAAAAGCCGAAAUUGAGGAGAUGAAGAAGAAGCUGGAGGGUGCUGAGACCCGCGGUUUUAAGGAAGGUGAAGCCCUUUAUAUUAAGCAAUGUGAAGCCGCGAAGGACCUCUUCUUCAAGUGCGGUUGGAGGGCGGCCGUGACUCAGCUUGGUCAUUAACCAGAGAUCGAAGUCUACAAUCCUCCACCAUAUUUCAUACCGGGCUCAAUGGCAGAGUAUGCUGCGACCGUUCAACAACAAUUUCUUGAAGAAUCAGAUGAUGAUGACACCGAGCCUAAUGACACCCCGGUCGUUACUGAUCCAGCCGAUCAGUUAGCUCGGGCGGAACCCACGGUGGAAGACCUGACUAUUAAGCAACCAGCUGAAACCGUGCUUCCAAUAGAGACCAUACUUCCGACCGAAACCGAGCUCCCGUCUGAAACUGGUCUUCGGGUUGAUGUUGAUGCUGAUCUUGACGCCGAAAUAGAUGAUCUGUUUAACUGAUUUUGUAUUUUCUUUUCUUUUCUGCUUUUGGACAAUUGUAACCCGGCUGAAGUAAUAUUCUUCUAAACUAGUUUUCUUUAAAUGAACUCU